ACAGUGAAGCAGAAACCACAAGUUGGGCUGCUCGUUAGCUGGUGGACUAGGAUUAGGACAUUUUCAUUAUAUUUCUUGAGUUGUUAUGUUAUUAUAGAUAAAUUUUCAAUUGAUACAGAAUGGACGUAAAAAAUGAAAUAUCAGAAAAUGAACAAUCACAUGGUGAUACACACGAAAAGGAUUCCAAACCCAAAAGUUCCAAAAAGCGAAACAGAAGAAAAAAGGCAAAUGGUAUUGAAACCGCAGAGUCGUUGGAUUCGUCAAUUAAUGAUGCUGAGCUUCAAGCAGGCUGCAACUUCUCCAUUCAGGAUAUUCGUAAGGCCAUGGAGAUGUUGUCACUGCAGCAGAAGCCAGCAAAGACCACAGAAGAGGCUCUGCAGAAACAGUACCAAUUCUGGAGCACUCAGCCAGUGCCAAAGAUGGAUGAGAAGAUCACGGUGAAUGAGCCGAUUGAGCCUGAGAAGUCCCUAGCAGAGAUAAGACAGGAACCGUACUCUCUGCAGGAAGGCUUUCAGUGGGAUACUCUGAAUCUGGAUGACCCCCUGGUGCUCAAGGAGCUUUACACACUGCUCAACGAGAACUACGUCGAGGAUGAUGACUCCAUGUUCCGCUUCGACUACCCACCUCAGUUUUUGAAAUGGGCAUUACAACCACCAGGGUGGCUGAAGGACUGGCAUUGUGGCGUGAGAGUCACCAAGAAUGGCCGUCUGGUGGGGUUCAUCAGUGCAGUUCCUGCCACACUCAGCAUUUACAACCAAACGCAGAAAAUGGUAGAGAUAAACUUCCUGUGCGUACAUAAAAAGCUGCGCAGUAAAAGAGUGGCACCAGUGCUGAUUCGGGAGAUAACGCGAAGAGUGAAUCAGACCGGUAUCUUUCAGGCAGUGUACACAGCCGGAGUGGUACUACCAAAACCUCUCGGCACUUGCAGGUAUUGGCAUCGUUCGCUGAACCCCAAGAAGCUGAUAGAGGUGAAGUUCUCUCACCUUUCUCGCAACAUGACCAUGCAGAGAACAUUGAAGCUGUACAAGCUGCCAGAUAACACUCGGACACCAGGUUUCCGCAAGCUCACCGCAGACGACGUGCCCAAGGCUCACAAACUGCUGGCUGACUACUUGUCAAGAUUUGACCUGGUGCCAUUGUUCUCUGAGGAGGAGUUUCGUCACUGGUUCCUGCCACAACCAGGCAUAGUAGACUCGUACAUCGUAGAGAACGACGGUAAUGUUACAGACAUGGUCAGUUUCUACACACUGCCGUCGACUGUUAUGCACCAUCCUGUCCAUCGGACCCUGAAGGCUGCCUAUAGUUUCUACAACGUAUCUAUGAAAACACCCUGGGUCGACUUGAUGCAAGAUGCACUCAUAUCUGCCAAAAACGCUGGCUUUGAUGUGUUCAACGCUUUAGAUCUGAUGGAGAACAAAGAAUUCCUAGAGACCCUGAAAUUUGGUAUCGGCGAUGGCAACUUGCAGUACUAUCUGUAUAAUUGGAGAUGUCCCCCUGUUGCUCCGAACAAGAUCGGACUGGUGCUGCAGUGAAUGCUCGCCGCGCUCGUUUCAGCUUGCUUCACAUCACUCGGCCGCACCCCCUCACUCACUGUUACCUGGACACUCAACUAUUCUGUAUUAGCAACUUAUUCAAUGAAAUAGUCCAGACUGUACAAUGUUGUGUGUGAUUACCGUAUUCGGGUCUCGGUGUACAUAUCCCACCCAGACAGUCUUCACCCGGUAGAGUAUACCAACUGCAAGGGCCAAAACAGUUCAAGGAUUCAAUGAAAAUUUAAGAAUUCAGAUUAAAAAUAAUCUUGUAAAAAGGGCUGCCAAGAUUUUGAAGUUAAGUUGUGAAAUCACAUAAAAAUGUAUUCAUUUAUGGAUUCUAGGUGUUGAAUUUUAAUAAAUAUUACUUUAUACUGUAAGAAAUAAGAAUCGAAGAUUUUAAUUUGCCCACGGCCUGAAUGAACAAUAUAAGUAAGUUGUAAAAUAUACUUUUAUGUGUUAAAUAAGUGGAUCAAAAAUGUAUCUAAUAUAAAAUUAUGUAUAAAUAUUUUGAAUGUGUUAUAACUAUAAGAAUAACCUAUCAGUAAUAAAAUUCAAGCGAAUAAUAA